AUGGAUGACUAUGAUCUCAGGUCAGCUGCCAGCAUUCUGGCCUCAGUGAAGGAGCAGGAGGCCCGCUUCGAGCGGCUCACCCGGGCGCUGGAGGAGGAGCGGCGCACCGUGUCCCUGCAGCUGGAGCGCGCCAGCCAGCCCGACAGGCUGAGCAUCUGCAACAUUGGCAACGGGCAGCCCCUGGCCACCGCCUGGCAGCAGCUCGUCCUGCAGAUGAAGGACCUAGCUUGUACUUCUGACUCCCCUGUGCAUGAACAAAGCCCCAGUAACCAGACCUCGAUAGCAAUGAUGCAAGAGCCUCAAGAAAUGGUGGAAGAGACAGUUACUGUGGAGGAGGACCCAGGCACUCCCACCUCCCACGUGUCUAUUGUCACUUCAGAGGAUGGAACCACAAGGAGAACAGAAACCAAGGUCACCAAAAUGGUCAAGACGGUCACCACCAGGACGGUGCGCCAGGUGCCGCUGGGCCCGGACGGGCUGCCCGCCAUGGACGGCUCGUCACCCAUGGGCAGCUACACGGACUCCAUCGACAGGAGGUACCUCAAGAACGGCGAGCGCUACAUCACCCCCCAGGCGUCCUCCACGCUCACCAGGUCCUACAACAGCUACAACGACUCCUACCCCGAGAGCCACGAGGGCCAGUACCGCCCGUACCUCGGCCACGACGGCUACGGGGACCUCUCCGACAGCUACGGCAGCUUGUCCCGCGGCGUCGGCUACCGGCCCCGCUACGCCUACGUGCCGGGGAGCGCCUACCGGCCCGACGAUGGCAGCUUCACUUUGCCAAGCAGGAGGGACAACUACGGUCCCGUGGCCCAGCCUCAGGUGCCGGUGGGCAGCAACGCCGACCUGAACCGCUCCCAGCCCGAGCGCUUCCAGCCGGAGCCCUACGGACUGGAGGACGACAACCGCAGCCUGGGAGUGGAUGAUGAAGGCUAUGAACUGGAUCCUGAUUACUCCACUGUGAACAGGAGGACGUCUGCAGGUGUGCCAGAGAGAGGGAGACCUCACAAAGGAAGGGGCUACGAGGACCCCAUGGAGCCCGAGAUGGUGGAGGAGAGGAUCCCGUACCUGCACGGCGGCUACGCGGCGCCGCUGGCCCAGCCCGAGCGGGGCAGCAUGGCCAGCAUCGACCGCCUGGGCAAGCGCUCCCCCUCCAUCGACAGCAUCCGCAAGGACCCCCGCUGGAGGGACCCCGACCUGCCCGAGGUCAUCGCCAUGCUCAGCCACCCCAUCGACCCCGUCAAGUCCAACGCCGCGGCCUACCUGCAGCACCUGUGCUACGAGAACGACAAGAUCAAAAAGGACGUGAGGCACCUCAAGGGGAUCCCCAUCCUGGUGGGCCUGCUGGACCAUCCCAAGCCUGAGGUCCAUCGCAAGGCCUGCGGGGCUCUCCGGAACAUCUCCUACGGGAAGGACAACGAGAACAAAGUGGCCAUAAAGAACUGUGAUGGGAUCCCCGCACUGAUCAGACUGCUGCGGAAAACAAACGACAUGGAAGUCAGAGAGCUAAUUACAGGCACCCUGUGGAACCUGUCCUCCUACGAGCCCCUGAAGAUGGUCAUCAUCAACCACGGGCUGCAGACGCUGACCAACGAGGUGAUCAUCCCCCACUCGGGCUGGGAGAGCGAGCCCAACGAGGACUCGAAGCCGCGCGACGCCGAGUGGACAACCGUGUUCAAGAACACCUCGGGCUGCUUACGGAAUGUCAGUUCAGAUGGAGCAGAAGCACGCAGAAGACUGAGGGAGUGUGAUGGCUUGGUGGACGCCCUCCUUCACGCUUUGCAGUCUGCAGUUGGCAAGAAGGAUACAGACAACAAGUCUGUGGAGAACUGUGUGUGCAUCAUGAGGAACCUUUCCUAUCACGUCCACAAAGAGGUCCCUGGAGCUGAUAAGUACCAAGAACUAGAUGCGGGUCAGACCACGGGCACAGGAGGCUCUCAGAAGAAGAAGAAAGAUGAUGCUGGUUGUUUUGGUGGAAAAAAAGCUAAAGAGGAGUGGUUCAAUCAAGGAAAGAAGAAUGGAGACUUGGACAGGAAUUUUGAUACACUUGAUUUGCCUAAGCGGUCUGAAGCAGCAAAAGGCUUUGAGUUACUGUACCAGCCAGACGUGGUCCGACUGUACCUCUCCAUCCUCACUGAAAGUCAGAACUUCAACACUCUGGAAGCUGCAGCAGGAGCUUUGCAGAAUCUCAGUGCUGGCAACUGGACGUGGUCCACCUACAUCCGAGCCACGGUGCGCAAGGAGCGGGGGCUGCCCGUGCUGGUGGAGCUGCUGCAGUCCGACUCGGACAAGGUGGUGAGGGCCGUGUCCAUCGCCCUGAGGAACCUGUCCAUGGACCGACGCAACAAAGAUCUCAUAGGUAGUUAUGCCAUGGGUGAGCUGGUAAGAAAUUUGCCCAGCAGGCAGCAGAGAUCUGCAAAGAACCUGGAGGAGGAUACAGUGGUUGCAGUGUUGAACACCAUCCAUGAAAUCAUUACUGACAGCUCCGAAAACGCGCGGUCUCUGAUCCAGACCCAGGGCAUUCAGAAGCUGGUGGCCAUCAGCAAGUCCAGCCAAUCUCCCAGAGAAACAAAAGCAGCAUCUCACAUUCUUCAGAUGAUCUGGAGCUAUAAAGAGCUACGAAAUGCCCUUCAGAAGGAUGGGUGGAACAAGUCACACUUCCAGUCCGUGUCGGCGGCUCCGAAGGGCUCCAAGGGUCCUGCUGGCAGGUCUGGCUAUGAUGACAGCACCCUGCCUCUGGUGGAGAAGAGUCAAGAUAAUGAGAAGUCUGGGAGCCGGGAUAUGAUACCUAUGGAUGAGCUCGGCCCAGAUGGAUACUCCACCAUCGACCACCGCGACAAGGAGCGCAAGUACAAGAGCAGCGACCCCUCGGGCGAUGCCUCGGAGAAGGAACCUUUAAAAAAUGACACAAAUAGGAAAAACAUUAACAGGAGUAACAGGGCUUCGGUGAAUCUGGUGGAUGCCCGUGACAUUAAACCCCAGCCUGUUGACUCCUGGGUCUAAUUUGCAUGCAUGGGCUAAAGUCCAACCACAUUUUUUUUAAUUGAGGGGGAGAAGCAAACAUUGAAUCGACACAGAGGAUCUCAUCAGUCACCACUGCCAUUCAGACUCGAGGGCGCUGCAUCACUGGCAGGCUGCAGGUUCUGCAGGUUCCAGGAGGGUGUGGGGAGAACCCUGCCAUGGCCCCGGAGCCCCUGGAGCACCCAGAGCACCCUGCCUUACAGCCACAGCCUGCUUUGAACUCGGUUACACCCCACCAGGACAGCCACCACCUCCCCCUCCCUCCUCCUGCUCCUGCAAGAAGAAAAGCAAGAGCAGAGAGCCCAAGUCCCUGUCACUGCAGCCCCGGGUGACUCUGGCGUGGGGACGGUGCCACACUGAGCAGGGAAGGUCGAGCGGUGGCACAGUGAGAGAGGAGCUGGGGACACUGGAGCUGCCACUGCAGGGGCACCGUGAGGAUGACAGCACUUCCCUGGCUUGGGGCUCCUUGGUUUGGGUUUUUUGUUUUGGGGGAUUUCUUUUGAACUGUGACUCUUAACAUUUUUGAAGGCUUUUUUGAAAAAUGUUCAGGUUUUCUUUAUUAUUUCCACAGAAAGUGCAGGAAUGUUGAGUGGGUUUAUUGGAUUUCAGUGAAGGGAGAAAAUGCAGAACAAAAACUAUUAAACGGUAGUCAAACGAACUGGAGAGUGGAUGACAGAAUUGAUGCAAGCUGUAUAAUCUGCUUUUAGAGUAAGCUAUAUCAAUCACAGUGCUAUAUUGUCAUUAUAAUCUGGUGUACAAUACUUCUGCCUUUUGAAUUCUGUAAUGUCUCUGUUUUUAUUUCCACAUAUUGAAAAGCAGUUUGUGGAAGGUUUCAGUGUCCCUGGUUCAGAAAUCUGUGCUGAGAAAUGAAGUUGCCUGGCUUUUUAUUUUCAUAUUCUCAAAGAUUGCAAUAAGGAGCUUUUCCAUGUUAAAUGUACCACUGUUGCAUUGAUGGUGAUUAACAACUACUUUUGCCAUAGCUGUUACGACAUUGGAAGAGAAUAAGAGCUUUUUUGUAGGAUGUUUUAUUUUGAAAACGCUAUAAAUUUUAGAUGGGUCUGUCACUUAGGUUUGAUGGUAAAUUUUUCACUGUUGGAUCCAUGUUUGCUUUGGGCUAUAGAUCCUCAUGAAAAAUGCCACAAAGGGAACUGGUUUGGCAUUUUUAAAAUCAUCAUCAUGGUUUCUGUGUUCCUUUGCUUUUGUUUUGGGAUUGCAUAUUUGAUUUGGCCUGAAAUGCCCCUGUGGGCAGCAGCUCUCCUCCCCUGCUCUGUGCAGGGGGACGUUCACCUCCAGAGAAGUGCUCUGUGUUUGCAGGGUCUGGAAAUGGGUGAACUAAAUAACUUCAGAUCACCGAUUUUCUCCAGGCAUUGGUCAAGGGAGGGCAGCAGAUGAGAACAGGAAGCAAAUGUCUCAUCAGUAGCACGAGAGGACUUUUGCUGAAUUUACUUGGUUGCCACUGUUCUUUGAUUGCCACAUUUAGUUUUAAACGAGCUCCUAAAAACGGUGUGACUGGAAAGCACAUUUUUGAGUCCAGCAAACAUCAUUUGCGGUUUUCAGUGCCUGCCGUUUCUUUUCUAAUUAAAAAGGGGAAAUAUCCAACAACCUCACCUCCCCCAAAAUAUUACUGUAAUAGUAAACAUCUACAUUUUUUUGUAAAAAAAGAUUUAAAAACUUUAAAAAAAAAGCAAGUACCAAGAGCUUUGUAUCUUCUUGAGUAUAUUAAAAAUUUGACAUGAAUACAUAUAUAUAAAUAAAUAAAAAAGUCUAUAUAUCUAUAUAUAUAUAUAUUGUUGUGCAGAGGAUAGGUUAACAAAACCAUGUAAAGUAGUUUGCAGGAGAGGGAAGCAUUUGUUGAUUCAGGGAAAAGACUGAUGCCAGAAGCUGUCAGUGAUUUGGAUGACACGUGUGCUCCUUCGCACCCUCCCUUUUUGAGCCCCGUGUGUGCAGUGGUCACUCCUGGAGGCUGGGGAAGGUGAAGUUGCUUGGAGCAAAUCAAGAGAGCAAAGUCUGUAUUUUCACCUGCAUGAGAGUCCUGCUGGGCCAGAGCUGCCCAGCGGCUGAGGGGCAGCAGAGGGAGGGGCUGUGGCUGUGUCGGGCAGUGUCUGACUGUCUGUGUCUGACUGCCUGUGUCAGGCAGUGUCUGUGACUGUCUGUGUCAGGCAGUGUCUCUCUGUGCAGACAUGAGUGUGGCAGUGAGACCAGCUCCAUCGUCUGACUGUAUAUUCUAUCAAUGGUGCUCUUUUCAUACUUGUUCUGCCAAUACGCGGAGACCCUUUUAACCAAGCUACACAGAAGAGUUUUAUAUCACUUUUGGUUAUGUACUUGGUGUAUUCUUUUUGUAUAUGAAAGGAUUUUUUUAAAAACGUUCAGUAAUUAGCAAUGGAACCUGCUUUGUAGCUGAUUAGAACAGUGUAAGAGAAGGGCCGUGCUGUCAGUCUGUCCCUGAUCUACUUCAAACCAUAUAUUUACCAAAGGAGUCUGAACAAAAGUUCACUUCAAAUAAAGACCUGACUGUUGAAAGGAGUCUCUGCUAAGACUUUGUGGUUUAGUUAUUGUACAGAUAUUUCAAAGCCAGCAAGAGGUUAACAGAGAAAACCACAGGAAGGGGGAAGUGAAGUGACUGGGGCCAGUUAUGGUCAUGACCUCCUAUCCCAGAUAUCCCAUGGCUCUUAGUGGCACACUACAGGGACACUCAAAAUCUGGAUUGGAUCUACUUCAGUCUCUGUCAUUAGUGGGCUAAAAACACUGAGGAGUGUUUGAGAAGCAAAUUCAGACCCUAUCCCACUCCCCCCAAAAGUCUGGUUUGUAUUUACACUGCACCCUGUGCUGACAACCCUCCCUGCCAGGUUGGAUGGCACUGGCUGCCCAGGUCAUUGGAGCAAACAGUCCUUGUUUUCCUGGGGUAAGUGUGAUGGCAGCCAGCAGACCCGUGAGCUGACAGUGUGGUUUGUGGCUGCAGAGAAGCAAAGGAUGGUGUGUCACAGAGUCAGAUACCAAGUGGAUGGGCCAGGGCUUCCCCUGGCAAUCACACGUCUAACCCCUCCCCUUCCCAUGCCUUACAGUGACAGCUCAUUCCCAAGUAUGUAGCAAUAACCCAUCCUCGACAUUACUGUGGGGUUUUUUCUUCUCAACAAACUGUUGUUUGGAUAUUGAGGAAGGAAAACAGGCUGGGGGGUGACUCGCACGUGAGACUGCCCACAGCUGAGGGCUGGCACAGGGCACCUGGAACAGGUCUGGGGAUUCCGUGUCCAUUCUGUCUGUGGCCAGAAGCUCCCUGGGGGGAUGUGUGCCCACCCCUGCCCUCCCCUCUGCCCUCGUUGGCACAGGCAUGGCUGGCUGUUGGAGCUGUUCUGGGCUGUGGGUGGAUGAACCCGUAAUUGUUGUGUUUUGGCAGCAGGGACUGUAUGUAAAGAAGGGAACGUGGCAAUGUGUGUGAUUAAAGCUGCAGUAGGGGCUGGAGUCUCCUGCUAAAAGGCAGGCAGUGAUUUUUAGGGCUCAUGGAUGUGACCUCCUCUUUUCCUGUUGGCUUCACUGUGAAAACUGGAGGGAAUCUGCCUGCAAAGGGCUGGGGUAGAAGAGAUUUCUACCUGUGAAAUUCUAGUGGGAGGGAUGGGUGUGGAAGGAAGUGAUGGUGUUGCAAGGCUCCUGCUAAAGAGGAGGAGGAAAUUGGAUGGCCCAGUCAGGGCCAAGAUAACACGGGGAGGGAGACUUCUGAUGGCAUGUGAUUACUGCAGAACAAGCACCUUUGUUAAGCUGUGGAGGUUUAAAGAAACCAAAAUCGUGUGUUGACUCCCCUGGAGAAGCACCCAGUUAGUUUGGGUGUUGGUGUGUGAGCAGUUGUGCUUCCCAGGUCGGCCUGUCCGUCUGCAGAAUCCGAGCAGGAGAGCGGAAAGCCAGGGCUUUAGGACAGUUUGUUUCUGUCUUGCAAUUAAGUAGCAUAUUAGCCAUAAGUGCAACUCAAGAUGUGUUGUCAGCUUGAAAUGCUCCCCAGAGAACGGCUUGGGCAGCCACAGGUCCCAACCUUCAGUGUCUUCUGGGCACACCACCUGCCUGUCCCAGUCCUGCUCCGUGCACUCAGACCUGCCGGUUCCGAAGGCACCAGCAUUGGGAAAGCAAAUCCUGUCCCUGCUGCCAAGAUGUCCCAGAAGGGACUGACCAGAACCGACUGGCUGUCAGGGACACCUGAAGAAAGCAGGGUGGUGUGUUUGCUGCAGCAGGCUCAUCAGUUCGUGCCUGCCCUGAGGAGCAGGUUCCAGCAAUGCUUUCUAGCGAAAGGCUCGUGCUGGGAAGGGCAGUUUGCAUCCUGGAGCAGUUCAGGAGACUGAAGGUGGGGAGUUCCCUUCUGCCACCUGCCUUAAAGUUGAGCACAGGCUCAGCUCCCUGUGAGAGGCACAUGGCAAACCCUUGAGGAAGCCAAGCUUCAGGAGCCCCAUGGGCACACAAGGGUGGUUACAGCCCCUUGUGCUCAGUGACACCCCCAGUGUGACACUCAGUGACACCCCCAGUGUGGCACUCAGUGACACCUCCAGUGCCAGUGCCUCCAGCCACGGGCUGUGCUGCUGGGCUGGAGCUGUGCUCUCACAGCUUUUGAAGGUGUUUAUAUAACUGUAGUUUCCUGCAAAAUUUCUUUGUUUGGAUGCCCCUAAAAUCUGGUGUUUCCUUAUCUUUGACAGAGAAAUUCUCUGAUUUACUGGUACAGUAACUAAUUUAGUGCAUUUAAGGGGAAGGUAUUAUGAACCUUUGUUUUCUGUCUUAGGUUUGACAUCAGGGUAGGAUGAUGUGAAGUCCAAGGUGAGGAGGAAGAUAGUGAGGAUAUAACAAGGCCUGCCAAUCUGGUUCUUACUGUUCAGAGAAACAAAAUAACUAGACUAAGAAGCUUACUGGUAAUUAGUAGCUAAUGUGUUUGUAACUAUCAUGUGCCUUAAAAUUUUCAUGGUAGGAGAAUUAAAAAAAAAAAUCAACAAUGUGUUUUCUGUAAUACUGCUCAACAUUCUCUCUGUAGUUUAGACUGGUGGGAUUUUGCAUUGUAUUUACACUGUACUAUAAACUGAAACACCUAGAAUGGUUUGAUUUUACAAGUAUGAAGAGGAAAAAAAGGUGGAUUAUGCUUUUCAUAGAACAAAUGUUACCGUGACAGAAUGUAUUAUUAUUAUAGGAUCUUUCCAUAAUGCAGACAAGUAGAAUGCUUGUUAGAAACCAGGUAUGUAGGAUAACAAUUUGGUGUGUUUUCAAUAAACCAUGCCUGGAAAGAA